AAUUAAAAACAAAAACAUAAAAAUCAACAGAAAAGAAAGAAAAAAGAAAUUAAAAUGCUUAAAAAUUUCAACAAAGCUUUGAAUUAGAAAUCUCAAAAUCCAGCAUAGCAAUUGCCUACUGCAAACUAAAAGCCAGCAGCAGUAGCUACAGGUGCUAAAACUGUAGCAUCAAAAGGCGUAUCUAAGCAUGAGUAAAUGGAAUUACUAAAUCUUUUAGAUAAAUGCACAUAAAUAAUGAAAGAUGAUAGAUUAAAUUUAAGAAAUCUUAUUAAAGAUGGACAAGGGUAAGAAUUAGAAGAGAUUAUUUUGAAACAUAAAAAAAAACAAGAUAUUUAAAACUUAACUCUUGAUCUCAGAAAAUACUUAAAUAAGACUAAAUUCAGAGGCGGCUAAACUCCAUCUUCUAACACCAAUAUUGCUCCUACUCCUAACUAAAAAGGCUCUUAAGUGAAUCUUUAAUAAACUUUUGGAGAUUAGCGCUAAAGCAGAAAAAGCGAAUAAGAUUCAAUUUAUAGACAGCAAAAAACUUUUACAGAUGCUCUAAACGUGCAAUAAAAUAAUUCAUCUUAAGACGAAAAUAUGCAGUUUACUUUUGAACAACAAAGAGUUUAACAAUAAUUAUAGAUGUAAAUGAGAUAAUAACAGUAAUAAUUAAUGCAAUAAUAGUAGCUUGAAUAAUAAAUUAAAUAGUAAAACUAAUAUCCUCAAAAAAUGAGUCCCUUUAGACGCCCUUAACAAUAGCAAAUACAAGAAUUAAAUAACACUAAUUCCCCUUUGAAAUAGUCAAAUCAAAAUGUCUUUGAUUAAGAUAAUGUUCAUGCAAAUGAUUAUCACUAAUAAUCUUACGUCAACACUUCUUAAUCUAGAGGUGAGUAGAUAGUCACAGAGUACAAUGAAGAUGAGGAUUAGCACGUCUUAUAGAUGCAAUAGCAAUCAGUUUAAAACCAACAAGUCGAGGUAAAUGAAAACGAAGAGAGCACUCUACGUAAAAGACUUUAAGAAACUUAAAAUGAUGAGGGAAAUAUGGAAGAUGAGCAAUAAUACAACGAAUAAGAAUUAUAGGAAGACUAAGAUCUUGAAUAACAAAAUUAAGAUAUGUUAGAGUAUUAACAAUAAUAAGAGGAAGUCUACUAACAAUAAGAAGAAUACUAAUUGAAUACUUAGUCUCAAUUCUCAUAGAAUCAAUUAAGUGAGCUAAAACAAAAUUAAUAUGAAUCUUAGUAGAGCUAAUAAGCUGCAAUUAGUGACUCAGCUAUGGUAACUUAAAAUUCUUAGGAACUCACUCUAGAGUAGUAGAAUUAAUAUUUACAUAAUUUAGAGAGCUAAUAGAAUUAUUUCUAAUAAUAAUUUUCUUCUUAAAUAAGAAGAAGCAGCAUGGGAUAAUCUGAAGGCCAUGUCGAAAUGAGUGAUCAAUAAAUGGAGUAAGCUAUCUAUGCAGAAUAGCAAAGAAUUUUAUAAUAAGAAUAAGAAAUGGAAAGAGUAAAAAGGGAGAGAGAACAAUAUAUCUAACAAGCUAUUUAAAGAUCUGAGUAGUCUCGCUUUGGAAAUUUCUAAAAUAAUAGGGAAGACUGCAAUAACGAGGAGAAUAAUUGUUAAGGAUAAGACUAUCAAAGCUGCGAAGAUGAAAACGAAUCAGAAGGCCAUCACGAAGAAGAAUUCUUUGAUUAAAUUAAUGAUCUUGACUAAAAGGAAGAAACAUUAGCCAAACCUAACUUACUUAAGCUAGGAAGUCUGCAAAGAGGAAACUCAUACUAAAUUGCAGAUGAUCCUGUUACUCCUAUGAAUCAUCCAGUUCAUAUGGACAGCGGAGUUUAAUAUGCUCCUGUCAAACACAGAAUGGAAGAAAUGACAGAAUCAAAUGACGAUCCUUUCAGCUUAUAAAAGAGAUUAUCAUAAUAAGUCUCUAAUGUUAAGAGUUAGUAUUCUGAUGUUAAGUUACGCGAUGAAAAUGGUGAAUAAAGAUACCAACUCGAUACAUAAAACUCAAAGAGAAAUGAUACUUAGGAAAGUGGUAAUAAAUACAAUUCCAACUCUUACAGUUAAAAUAAAUAUAAUUCAGUGAGAAAGAGUAAUAAUGAUGUUGAAAUCACAACUGAGUUAAUUUAGCAUAACUUUGAAGUUCAAAUGGAAAAGGCUUAUUUAGAAUAAUAAAAACUAAAGAGUGCUUCAAGAGAUUAAAAUAAUCUCUUCGAAGAAAAGUCAUUUUCAUCUGCUUAUGGAUAACAAGUAUCAGCAGAAAAGCAAUAAUUCAACCAUAUGAAUCUAUUUAAUUGUGCCAUGAGUGGAUUUGAAUAGGAAUCUGUAUAGUAACCAUAUUCUGCUAGAAAGGAACAAUAAUAAUAUGACUCCAAAGUAAUUUACAAUGUUGACAACUAUGUAAGAAGUGCCACUAAUCAAUUUACUUAACCUAAUGAAGAGAUUGACGAUUCCUGUUCUAUUAACUUUGCUAACGAAAAGGUUGAAUUAAAGUAUAAUGUUGAAGAAAUGUUAGAAUCAUCUGUCCGUGAAAGUAAUUUAUAAAAUGCUCCUUAACCCACAUACAUGCCUAAGAGCGAAAUUUUGAAGGUAUUUUAGAAUGAGCAAUCAUUUUAACAAAACAAUUCUUAUUCCCUCCCAACAGUUAAUAUUAAUAACAGUACAACUUUAAAUGUUGUUCAAAAAACCUAUGAUAAUUACUACGCUGAAAGAGUAGCAAUUGAUUUAUCAGGAAACCACAAUCUUUUCUAAAAGAAGACAAUUCCUUCUGCUCCUAUAAACAUUUAUAGCACACCUUCUUAGACUAAGUAUUAAUCUGUUGGCGUUUCCUAAGAAUAAAAUUCAAAUGGCAAAAUAUAUUCAUCUAGUGUAUUACCUCCUUCUAUCCUCAAGUCUCCUGCAUUCAGAAGGGAAUAUCUUAGGGGAACUGCUGAUCCUUCUGCUAACAAAGAUAGAGUCACCAGUAUGCUUUCUCCCAGCAGAGAAUACCAAAAGCUUGAUCCCUCCAAAGAUCCUAUUAAGAAAAAAUAUAAUCAUUUGUUCACUUCUCCCUAGUUGAUGAAACAAUGCAAUGUGGAUUUUGAGAAGGAAAAUAUUGGUAUAUCUUAUUCACCAGAAAGUCAAAAGCAAUUUGUCAAUUCAGAACGUGAACUGAUAGAGCAAGAGACAAAAGAGUUUUUAAAACGCUCAGUUGAGAGAAGUGCUUAAAGAGCUCUAUAAACAAACAGCAACGUCUUCAGUAGUUACGAACCUUAAGAAAUAGUAACUUCUCGUCUAAGAGACUCAUCAAUUCCUAAAAAAUCUAUCAAUUUUGCUAAAAGCCCCUAUUCCACCAAAAAUUUAAAAGAAUCUUUGAUGAAUACUCCAAAUUUGAAGCAAAGCAUUUAGCUCCCAAUGUUUUUGACUAGCGCUAGUGUUUGUGCCAAUACAGAUAAAGCAUUUUAUGUUUCUAGAUUCACUCUUUACAAUAAAACUGCUUAAGAAGUUUUUGAUAUUAUUUUUGGUAAUCAAAUUUUCUAAGACAAGGUGACAAAAAUGGCUUUCAGAAACCGCUUGACCUACCACUAUCCCACAAUCCCUACUAAUGAAAUAGAUGGAUUCUUUGACUUUUUGGAUAUUAAUUAAGAUUAAGUUCUUGAAGUCAACGAAGUAGGACCAGUUCUAAUGAGCAUUUGUGAUUAUAAAUCUAAAGAAAAUGGAAAAUUAAUUUAGGUUUUUAACUUUUUGGAUGUUGAUAGAAAAGGAUUUAUUACAAGACUUGAAACUGAACAUCUUAUACACACAUCUAUAAUAAAGAAAAACUACCAUAACACAGCCCUCAAUCUCUCUAAAUAGUAAUUACAAAUCAUUAUUGAAUAAUUAUAAAUAUUAUUAUAUAAAAAAAGAUUAUUUAAGGAGGUUGAUAUUGAACAAAAGGGAUACCUUACUUACUGGGAGCUCUACAGCUGGUAAUUUAUUUUGAAAAUGAAAAAAAAUAAAAUUAAAUAUUUUUGUAAAAUCAAUAGUAAAAAAUAAGAAUCUAUCAAAUAACUAAUUGAUAUCCUAACUUGUUGA